AUGACUGAAGUUGAUGUUUCUAUGCCGGAAGGUACAGGUUUAUCAUCAGCGGCUAACCUACAACAUUCUGAGGCAACAACAACAAGUGGUGGCCAAGAAAAUGGGAGUCCUACAAACGUCAACGACGAGGGUGGCAACAGUCAGACAAUCCAGGAGACAACCAAACUAAAUCCAAAUAGAAACAAGGGUGAAAGUAUGGACGUGGAUGGUGUUGAUACUGAAGAAGACGAUUCACAGAUAACUUCUUCAACAGAUACUGGAGAAGGUGGCGGUGCUGCGGAAGCUGACAUUAGAGAUCGUGAUGAAAAUAGCAAUAGCAAAACAGAACCUCCCUCAAAGACAUCGGCUAACGUCAACGCAAACGAGGACUCAUCAAAUGCCUGCGAAAGUAUAUCACAAAACUGUGAUAGUGUAAAUAGUUCAGAUGCAGGAAAAACGCAUUCUUCAAAUCAUGCUCGAGACUCGGACAACGACACAAACACAAAUGACAGUCAUGCAGCAUCAAAGACACACCACAGCGAAGAUGGCGAGGGCGCUAUCAGUGCAGAUGGAUCGGCAAAUCAUGUCGAUGACACUUCCAAUGAUAAUUCCAGUCACACAAAUCCCGAUCCAUUGGCUGUACCAAAUUCAAAACAGAGCCAAAAUGGUUCUGCUUCGGCGGAAGAGAAGCAAUCAGAUGGUGUUGUAGAUUUGGGUGAUGACUCCGAUAUUGAAAUGUCCGAGCCCUCAAAUACCAAGGAUUCGCAAAACAAAGAAAAACCUCAAGCACAAGAUUCUGAUGGCGCAGUUGUCAUUGGUUCGGACUCGGAAAAUGAAAACGAGAAGCCGACAAAUUUAUCGACAUCAACUACGCCGCUUCCCUCCAAGACGCCUGAUGCGACAUCGAAAGCUCCCGCAGUAGUUGAAGAUGAUGACGACGAUGAUUGUGUGGUCAUAGAAGACGAUAGUCCACCGCCAGCGCCGAAUGAUCUCUCGAAACGUAAAUUGGAUGCUACUGGUGGUCAAGAUGACCUAUCUCAGCCCCCCAACAAGCGGCAACGUAAUAGUCUAACACCAACCCAGGGACAGUUGAGUAUUAAAGAUGCUAGAUCUUUGAUGGGUCCCGCAUCAGAUGCAGCAAAUAAAAACGCUGUUGUAUAUCCUGUAAAUAUAACACCCGCCUCGCCAGUAACAGGGCCACCAAAACUUGUACCCGUAGGAGCGCCCAUAGCGGCGGCCACAGUAGCGGCAGCCUCGUCUAUACCCGGCAUGCCUAUGUUGCCCGGUUUGAAUAGCACAACCAAUGCCAAUUGUUUGCCCGGCCUGACAGACGAUAUGUUUGUCUUAGAGGCCCCCUCAUUUAUAGUUCCGUAUAUCUAUGAAAAACCUCCCUCUGACCAAAUUAAAAAUGUCGUCAAAGAAUUGGAAGACAAAUUCGCUUUUACGAAAGAAGAUUUGGCGGUGGUGGACAAAACCGAUGAAUUUGACAUGAUGACCGAACAGAACAAAGAAGAUCGCGAAGAAAAAAGUGCCAAAAAGAAGAAACGAGGGCAAGGCGACGAUGAUUCUUGGUCAGAGGAAGACGAAGAUUCCGAAGAAGACGAUGAUGAUGAUUCGGAAUCGGGUGUUCGUACAAAAGUCCUAAUAAAGGAAGCAUCUGAUGAUAUAUCCGCUCUGAAAGGAGCGAUAAAACCAGCAGCUGCGGUAGCAGCAACAGGCACCAAUUCAAGUGUACCUGCUAAACCUGGCCAGGAGAACUAUUUCGAAAGUCCUCUGGGUAAAUUUUUUAUGGACAUUGGUGUUGGCCUAGUUCAGGAAUAUGUACAAAAUGACUUGAUACGUCUUCAGAAGCGAAAAAUGCGCAAGAGUCUGGGUCGCAAUACAGCCGAAUUCGAAAAGGCAAUUGCAGCACUCACCGCUAAUAUGGAGGCCUCAAAGAAAAAGAACGCACCCUUCAAGUUCAACAUGAAACGCUGUGAGUUCUGUAAUUUCAAAUCCGAAUCUGCACUUGCCAUGGCGAACCACUACGAAACUCCUCACAUGAAUGGCGCCAUGUACAAAUGCAACUUCUGUAUUUUUGAAAUACGAAAUGCUACAGAAAUUGUCUACCACAUGGAAGCAGUCCACAACAUCAAAGCUCGACUCAUUAAGCCCUUGCCCUAUCAUCAGUGCCCCAACUGUGGAUUUGAAGAUAACGGCAAAGCUAAAUUGGCUCGCCAUCAGCCCGUAUGUGCUAAGAAAUUCCGGCCUGAAAUCAAUCUGGCACCUCCCAACGAUUGGGAAGCCCCCGCUAAAAUUCCACGUAUUAAGCCCAGACAUGGUUUGGUGGGGACAGCCACCGCUUACCAGGCAAUGGCAGCACAGGCCGCUGCCCAAAAAGCAGCUUUGGCUACUAUACAACAGCAGCAGCAGGCCAGGAAUCUGCAAGCUGCAGCCUUGGCAGCCCAAACUGCUGCAGCCAACAAGCUCAGGGGACGUGCGCCACAAAUGCCCGUGGGAAAUAAGAAUAUACCUCCAUCCACUGGGGCAAUGAUUCGUGCCGCUAACCAAGUCCGAAAUCCUGCAGCUACGAAUGUUGUUCUACCAAACAACUACCAACUAGGAAAUAUCGCAGGACAAAUUCUGCCAGGCAGUGCAGCAUCGUCUAAAAAACAACUUAGCACGGGCCAACCUAGCAUUUCCAUAACCCCACUACCUCGUCAAGCAGCUGGAUCGUCAGCGCAGUCGCCUACUACCAGCAAAGUACCACCACCCGGUUUGAAGCCGGGUCAAAAUCCAGCCGGUGGCAAGGCUCAGUUUGUUAUAUGCGAGAUAUGUGAUGGUUACAUAAAAGAUUUAGAACAAUUGCGUAAUCAUAUGCAGUGGAUGCACAAAGUGAAGAUCCACCCUAAGAUGAUUUAUAAUAGACCACCAUUGAAUUGUCAAAAGUGUCAGUUUAGGUUCUUCACAGAUCAGGGUUUGGAGCGUCACUUGUUGGGCUCUCAUGGUUUGGUGACAAGCUCUAUGCAAGAAGCCGCCAAUAAAGGCAAAGAUGCAGGAAGAUGCCCUGUAUGCGGCAGAAUGUAUCAAUGGAAGCUAUUGAACCAUGUGUCGCGAGACCACCAUAUGACACUGAAACCAGCUCAUCUAUCCUAUAAAUGUACCGUUUGUACGGCCACCUUUGGCAUGUAUAAACAGUUUGAGACGCAUGUCUACACUGCUCACAGUACAGUGGCCAAAAAGGCUAUGGAUGGCAAAAAGAAUUCACCAGCUACAAAUUCGUCGGCAGGUGGUAGCGGUCGUAAUAGUUUAUCGGCUGCAAACGAUUCUCUGUUGAAGCCAUUAAAAAUAAACGACGAAAUAACAAUAAUACCACAACCUGCAUCAAAAUCGCGCAUUUCUAACAUGGAUACUCAUGUUAUUGAUUAA